AUGUUAACAAUCCGGAAGUCGGUGACGCUUCUUUCAAGAAGAACUGCUCAAUCAUCUAGAGCCCUCGCUCUUUCUUCGUUACAUCAACGCCAAUUGUUCCCAAAUGAUGUUUCUUCUUACAGGGGCUUCUCAUCUACCUCUAAGGUCAGCUCUACAAGAUCCACUGUCGUUCAGCUCCUAAACAACAUUGGAUCGAAAAGAGAAGUUGAACAAUACUUAAAGUACUUCACUUCGGUCUCAUCCCAGCAGUUUGCUGUGAUAAAGGUUGGAGGUGCUAUUAUUACGCAGCAACUUCCAGAAUUAGCGUCCUGUUUGGCAUUUUUGUACCACGUUGGAUUGUUUCCUAUUGUUUUGCACGGAACAGGUCCUCAAAUCAACGAAUUGUUGGAAGUUGAGGGAGUCGAACCCGAAUACAUUGACGGUAUUCGUGUUACAAACCCAAAGACAAUGGAGGUUGUCAGGAAAUGUUUUUUGGAGCAGAACUUAAGAUUGGUGACUGCUCUUGAGAAGAUGGGCGUCCAUGCUAGACCAAUCACCGCUGGAGUCUUUUCAGCUGACUACUUAGACAAAGAAAAGUACCAGUUGGUCGGGAAAAUCUCUAGUGUGAAUAAGUCACCAGUAGAAGCUGCGAUCAACGCUGGUUACUUGCCGAUUUUGACCUCCUUAGCUGAAACUCCAUCUGGCCAGCUUUUGAAUGUCAAUGCUGACGUUGCUGCAUCGGAGUUGGCAAGAGAGUUUGAACCCUUGAAGAUUGUCUACUUGAAUGAAAAGGGUGGACUUAUCAAUGGAAGCACUGGUGAGAAGAUCAGUGCUAUCAACUUGGAUGAGGAAUACGACGAUUUGUUGAAGCAACCUUGGGUGAAGUACGGUACGAAAUUGAAGAUCAAGGAGAUUCACGACUUGUUACAGCACUUACCCAGAUCUUCCUCGGUCGCCAUUAUAGAUGUGAAUGACUUACAGAAAGAAUUGUUUACUGAUUCAGGUGCUGGUACUUUGAUUAGAAGAGGUUACAAGUUGAUUAACCGUAACUCCUUGGAGGAGUUCAGUAACCCAGAUAUAUUGAGGGCUGCUUUGUUAAGGGACCCUGAAAUCAAAAGCGGCAAGUUGUCCGUUGCUUCAUACUUGAAGCAUUUGGAAAGUGUAUCUUUCAAGUCUUAUGGAGAUGCACCUUUGGAAGUUUUGGCCAUUGUGGUCGAGGACGCUUCCACCAAGGUACCUGUGGCUAAGUUGGACAAGUUUUUGUCUUCUAGAACAGGCUGGUUGAAUAACGUAACUGACAACAUUUUCAAUGCCAUCAAAAAGGAUUUCAAGUCAUUGUACUGGAUUGUGAAUGAGAAUGACUCUAACUUGUCGUGGUACUUCUCUAAGUCCGAUGGUUCUUUUGCUAAAAAUGGUGAAGUAUUGUUUUGGUAUGGCUUAGACACUGAUCAAGCGUCACAGUUGAUCAAGCAAUUCGAUGUUGCUCGCGUGGGUUCAUCCCUUUCAUCUGCUACUGAAUCUGGUGUGUUUUCUGCACAAACACAAAAAAAGGGUUUCCACACUUUUUCAAGACAAAGAAAGCCCACUUCGUCAACCAACCCUAAUCCUCCAAUUCGUGAUGGUACCAAUACUAAGAAAUCCAAAGUUGCGUUGAUUGGCGCACGAGGAUAUGUCGGUCAAAACUUGAUCAGUUUGAUUGAUAAACACCCACAUUUGGAAUUGGCUCUCGUUUCUUCUCGUGAAUUGAAGGGUCAAAAGUUGCAAGGUUACAACAAGGCCAACAUUGUCUAUUCGAACUUGCAAAGUGAAGACAUUUUGGAGUUGGAGAAGAAUAAGGAAAUAGACGUCUGGGUCAUGGCAUUACCUAACGGAGUUUGCCGGCCUUUUGUUGAGGCUAUUGAGUCUGUGGAAGGUUCUGAGUCCAAAAUCAUUGAUUUGUCCGCUGAUUACAGAUUCGAUACUACUGGCGAAUGGAUUUACGGUUUACCUGAGUUAGUGGAUCGUAAAUCUAUUGCUUCUGCUAGGAAAAUUUCCAACCCUGGCUGUUACGCUACUGCUGCACAAGUUGCCAUUGCUCCAUUGAAGGAGUACAUUUCGGGCACUCCAACUGUUUUUGGUGUCUCCGGUUACUCGGGCGCAGGUACAAAACCUUCGUUGAAAAACGACGUGAACUACUUGUCCAACAACUUGGUUCCAUACUCCCUUACGGACCAUAUCCAUGAGAAGGAAGUUAGUAAGCAGCUUGGUUUGAACAUUGCAUUUAUUCCGCACGUUGCCCAGUGGUUUCAAGGAAUUUCCAAUACUGUAUCCAUUCCAAUCAGACCAAACUCGUUGACAGCCAGAGAUCUUCGCAAUAUUUAUCAAGACAGAUACCAAGGAGAGCAGUUGGUCUCUGUUAGCGGGGAAGCUCCUGUAGUGAAGGAUAUUAGUGGAAAACAUGGUGUUGUCGUUGGUGGUUUUGCGAUAAACUCUGCUGGAGACAGAGCGGUGAUUGUGGCCACUAUAGACAACUUGCUUAAAGGUGCUGCAACUCAAUGUUUACAAAACAUCAACUUGGCUUUGGGUUAUGGUGAGUACGAUGGAAUCCCUGAUAAUACGGUGAUUCGUGGAUAA